AUGUGGACCAUCAAUGACUUCCCCGCAUAUGGUACCCUCUCUGGUUGGACUACGAAAGGUUACUUGGCUUGCCCUAAUUGUAACAUAGAUGCAUCAUCUCAGCGUCUGCGAAGUAAGAUAGGGUAUAUGGGUGCCCGCCGACACUUGCCCGAGAAUCAUAUUUGGCGAAGAAGUAAGCUCUUCAAUGGUCAGAACGAGCAUCGGUCCAAACCUGUAGAGUUAUCGGGAGAACAAGUACUACAGCAAAUUGAUUCGGGGACAUAUAGGUCGUAUGGCAAGCAUCCAAACAACCGAAAAAGACAACGAAAUGAAAGUCCACCUUCCAAUUGGACAAAAAAAAGCAUUAUGUUCGACCUAUCCUAUUGGAAAACACUGAAGUUUCGACACAACCUUGAUGUCAUGCACAUAGAGAAGAAUAUAUGUAACAAUCUGGUUGGGACACUACUAAGCAUUGAUGGCAAGAACAAGGACACGGAUAAAGCCCACUUGGAUCUAGAAGACAUGCAGAUACGAAAUGAGUUACACUUGAAGAGACGUUCCAAUGGCUCAUUUGAAAAGCCUCCGGCAUCGUACAUAUUGUCCCCGGUAGAGCGACAAGGUUUUUGUGAUUUCUUGAAAUCGAUUAAGUACCUUGAUGGCUAUGCAACAAAUAUAUCCAAUUGUGUCACCGCUCAAGGUGGAAAAUUAACUGGCCUCAAAACUCAUGACUAUCAUAUCCUUCUACAACGACUACUUCCAAUUGGGAUGCGUGAAUACCUGUCCAAGGAGAUUGGGACCACACUCUUUGAGUUGGAAAAUUUUUUCAAACAGUUGUGCUCAAAGACAUUGAGGGUGACUGAUUUGGAGAAAAUGAUGCACGGACUUCUAAAAGGAUUUGUUCGCAAUAAAGCUCGGCCAGAAAGUUCCAUUGCAGAGACUUACAUUUCAAAAGAGUGUACGACAUUUUGUUCAAUGUACUUAGACGGCGUUGAAAUGAUGUUUAAUCAGGAAGAACGGAACUAUAACGGGGGUGACAACAGCCUAGGGUUGGCGAUUUUCACUCAAAAUGUUCGUCCGUUUGGUCUACUAACAAGGGAAACUGAUGUGUCUGAAUCAUUCUGCAAAUUACUUAUGAAUUAUAUUAUCCUACGUAGGGAACGCAAGAUGUUGUUGCAACAACAACAUGGAAGUGCAUGCGACAUUGCCAAGAUACAAUGCAAAGAAUUUCCUAAAUGGUUCAAAGAUCGCAUGAACCAAUUGCGGCACAACAAGUCACUCGAAGCAACCGAUGAGAUGUGGUCACUGGCAAAUGGUCCUAAUAGCUUAGUGAACACAUAUUCGAGAUGCAUUUGUAAUGGCGUCCAAUUCCAUGCUCGCAACCGUGACAACCGUCGUAAAACUCAAAAUAGUGGGUUGGUAGUGGAAGGGGACCAUGAAAGCCAACUCAUAACGUUCUACGGCUACAUUUGCAAAGUUUGGGAAAUGACAUAUUUGUUUAGGCACCAUGUUGUUUUAUUCCAAUGUGAAUGGUCUAACACUGGUAGUAACAGAACUUUGCUUGUCAAACCACAUUUCACUAUUAUUGAUAUACGAAGUCGAUGGUAUAAAGAUGACCCGUUUGUGUUACCAAGUCAAGUGCAACAAGUUUUUUAUGUGCAUGAUACGAAUUUAGGUGCCAAUUGGAGAGUCGUAGAAAAGUUUCAACAACGACGAAUUUGGGAUGUGCCUGAGGUGGAUGUGCCACAACCUAAUGAUGUGUUCCAACAAGAUGAAAGGGCUAGUGUUGUACCAACUGAGCCUAUGGAUGACGAUGUGGUGUUGCGUUGA